CCCCCCCCCCCCGGUGGAAGCCUCAUUCUCAGCAUCAAAAUAUAUCAUACCGAUACUUCCACCCUCGCGCUUCCCCCUGGACUUGUUUCUUCAGUUCACAACCGGAUUUGCUACUCUCCUGACAACAUCAUCUUAUCAACUUACUCUACUUCUCAUCCCGACCACCAACGUUCAUCAUCUCUACCCUUAUACUACGCUCGAGGAUCGUCUUUCAUACCUUGGACCAGUAAAGGACCUGUCUUUCUAUUUCCAGGACCGCAAUUCCGGCGACAGAUCAGAGAAUCCACUUGAAUCUGGCAAACUCCGAGCAGGACGCCACCAUGUCGUCAACUCGCCAAAAGAGAGGCCCAUGGUCUCAAAUGGAAGAUGCCAUCCUCAUGAAUCUGAUACAGACUCAAGGGGCAUUCAACUGGGUGCGAACAUCACAGCUCCUUGGAACGAGAACAGCAAAGCAAUGUCGAGAGCGGUACCACCAGAACCUCAAGCCUUCGUUGAGGCACUACCCCAUCACACCAGAGGAAGGCAUGCAGAUUGAACAGUUUGUUCGCCAGUUCGGGAAGAGGUGGGCUGAGAUCGCAAGAUUGCUCCCUGGUCGCAGCGACAACGCGGUCAAAAACUGGUGGAAUGGGAGCCAAAACCGCCGGAAGAGGAUGGAUACCCGGCAAGCCGUCCGCAUGAACGCAGCAUCGUACGGCGAGAGGAUGGCCAUGCCCACCCAGGAGACGUCGGCAGCCAUGACCAUCCCUAGAACACUACCCCCUCCCGGUGCAGGCCGGCCAUUACCACCACCCCCAAUCCUCUCGGUUGAGUUGCGUGACCGGAGCUACGGCGUCGAGACACCACUCCCCUCACCAGGAAUCCACUCCCCAUUGUCGGAUAUGACCCCGUCUCUGUCAGACUCGGGUUCGCAUUACGCAAUGUCCCCGGAAAGCUACACCAUGCGCUCUCCCGCCACUCAACUCCCACCCUUCAAGAUCCAAGUUCUCCCGUCUCCGAGGGCAUCACUGUCUCCUAUUGACAACAAACUGCCUCCUCUGAGAGCCAUCACUUCACCCAUGUUCGCCAGCGCAGAGCCCUCCCAGAGCCUGCCCCCGAUAGCUUCUUCCCGGCCCGAGUAUUACUCGCCCACGUCACACCUACCUACUGCUCCCAACUCACCGGUAGGGCUUCAGGAAGUACCGCUGCGGAAGACCAACCAGGAAGUGAGCAGUACAACACGGAUUGCUGUUGGCUCACUGCUUGGUUAAGGAAUUUCGGAACGUUGGAGAGAACAGAGAGAAGAUGGUCGGCACCCAGGGGGGUCUUGAUCAGGCCGAUGCGGCCAGAGAGCAGUUGCCAUGACGAAACAGGCAUAUGGCGCCGGAAGAGCACAAAAUCAUUUAGGAUACCCAUUUCCCUUUCACAACCGCUCUGCUCUCGAAGCAGGCUCGAGAAGCUUUCUCUAUAUAUCUUUGUGUGCACUUUCCGGCAUAAUGU